UUUGAGCUGAAAACGGAUGUAAACAAUGAAGGCUAAAUGAAGCUUCGUAUGUGACAGUGGAUUCAAGCUUUUGUAAAGUUAUCGUCAUUUCUGUUAAGGCACUUUUACAUUUUUAUUGAAUUUGACUCUUCAGAAACGCGACUCCCUAGGAAAGGCAUCGUCCCUGUUUUUGUGAUGGACCCGGUGGAGAACCUCAACCACAUGGUGGAGGCUGUGGCACUGACUGGUGCCUCUGCUCCUGACAGCUCUGCUGGACAGAAGGAAACCUCACCUGCAGACAUCCUGAGGAUAAAACAGCAGAUGUCCAAUCAGUGCUUUGAGAUGGAAGUACAGAUCCAUGCAGAAAAAACUAAAAGAUCAUGCAGCACGUCAGAAGCUGAGAGAGACUUGCCAGAUUACAUCAGUGAACUGGAAAGAGUCAAGACUGCCCACUUUAACAGCACUUUGGCCUUGCACAGGAUGCAGAUGUGGCAUGCUAUAGGAGAAAAACUUAAACAGAAUGAUACUGAGGCAGAAUCCUUGAAAGCUGUGAGCAAUCGCUGCAUGGCUCUCUCUUCACACAUUAAACAACUUCAGCAGGAGUCAAGAACUCUUCAAGAAGACAUCACAGAAAUACAGAAACAACGGCUUGAGAUGAAGCGGCUCACACAUGAAAAAAUGAAAGAGAUGGAAGAGUUGAUGUCCAAGAAACAGCACCCAGACACCGAAAAAUACAAAGCUGCAUUGGAGAAGGGCCAGGAGAACCUGGAGAAAUAUAAAAAGAUGACUAUCAUGACACAGAACGUCCUCAGGGGAAUCCUGUUGGCCUUUCAAGUCAACUGGUUGGAUGAUCCCAAACUUCGAGACAUCGUCAUGUCACUGGAGGAAUUUCCCAUUUCAGAAUGAAUUAAAGGAGACUUCAUGUAUUUAAUAUUUCAUUUAUGUUUUUAUUUUAUGUAAUAAAUCAUCAACAAAAGUGA